AACCCAUCCACCUACCUAGAUACACAGAACCAAAAAAAACCACCCAACCACCAUGCCCCACCCCCCAAUAACCGACGUCCUAAUCCUCGGCAGCGGCCCGGCAGGCCUCUCCUGCGCCAGCGCACUAGCGCGGCAACUGCACAGCGCCAUCGUCUUCUCCACAUCCGUAUACCGCAACGCGCGCGCAACACACAUGCAUAACGUCCUAGGAUACGACCACGUCUCCCCCUCCAUAUUCCGCGGUAAGGCGCGUGCGGAUAUCGAGGCGCGGUACGCGGGGACGAUACAGUUUCGGGAUGUGGGGGUUGUGAGGGUGCGGAGGGUCGAUGAUGGUGUUAAGGGGAAAGAAGAUGGGAGGACAAGGUUCGAGGUUCUGGAUGAGUUUGGCAAGACUUAUGUAGGGAGGAAGUUGGUGUUGGCGAUGGGAGUACGGGAUGUGAUGCCCGCGGCGCCGGAGGGGUAUGCGGAGUUGUGGGGUUAUGGGAUUUUCCACUGCCUCUUCUGCCACGGCUUCGAAGAGCGGGGAUCCGCCUCAGCAGGUGUUCUAGCAAUAGGUCCUAUGCUAGGAGGUGGUGGUAAUGAUACUGCACCGCUGAUGGCACCAGUAAUUGCGCGGAUGGCUGCCCGGCUUGCGGGACAUGUCACAGUCUACACGGACGGAAACGAAACCCUUGGAUCGCGGAUCCGGGAACAACUCAAGAGUAACCAAAAAUUCCACGUCGAGAACCGCCGGUUAGUUCGUCUAGCAAAAGAUCCGGAUGUCGGAGGAAAUGCGGGAGUUCUCGUAACUCUUGAAGACGGGAACGUGAAUAAGGAAGGAUUCUUGGCCCACGUCCCAGCCAUCGAGCUCAACGGCUCUUUCGCAGCAGACCUCGGAGUAGCGCUCGCGCCUCAAGGACACAUCGACGCACAACCUCCGUUCUACACGAUGAAUGUGCCAGGAGUCUAUGCUGCAGGCGACUGUGCGACCAUGAUGAAAGCCGUUCCUAUGGCAACCAUGAUGGGGAGCAGUGUGGCAGCAGGACUAGCGCAUGUGUUGCAAGCCGAGGAUGAUGUGGAAGAGUAGAAUGAGGCUUGUCCGGGUUAAGGUAGCAUCACAUUAGA